AUGGCCUCGACGGUUCCGUGGUACUGCCGCUACGGCGUCCACGGCGAUCUCGCAAAGGAGGUGAACGUCGACGGCACUGUUGUCUACCGCACUCGUGAGCGGCGGUGCGACUGUACGCCACCGCGACCGUGCCCGCUUGUCUUGCCUGCGGCGUCUUCUCACCCGCACCCGCCGCCACCGCGGCGACGGCCCGCCGACCCACGCACCGCACCGCCGCGAAAGUGCGGCCGUGGACGCGUCGUUGGCACUGGUCGUGCGCACAUCGCGCCGUCGUGGCAGAAAGCCCAUACGCCGCUGCCGGAUUCUUCGCUACCUUGCCCCUCUGUCGAGAUGGACGACACGCGUCGACACGUCUUAGUGCCGCCGCUGGCGUUCGACAGCGCCGUCGGUGACUUUUAUGCGGGCUACGUGUCGUCCACGUCGCACGAUGCGGCAGCAACUUUACCGUUCAUCCCGGUCAUCAAUCCUCGACCUGCCGUGGCAGGGGUAGCGCCGUUCACGGCCGCCGACGAUCCUAUCGCUGCUGCCACCGCGCCUCUCGGGGUGGGCAGCUGCGUUGAUUCGCUGCUGAUAGGCAUGUCACCGGUGCCACAACCGCCGGUGCGGGAGUGGCAGCCUGCUGCAGCCGCUGAGCUGGGCAGUGCAGCGCCACUGGCAAGCGAUGCGGGCAACCCACAACCAUCUCCGCCAUCACUGCUGCAGCAGGACUUACUGUCGCCACCGGUGCCUCCGUCAGCAGCUGCUGUUGCUGCUCCCUCAUCACCGUGUACCGUGGAAAGCCAUGCGGUGGAUCGGCUCUGCGGCUUCCUGCACUGCCCAACAUGCGGCCAACGUGUCGCGGCCGCCGCUCCGAGUGCGUUGGAGGCUGUGCGGUGCAUGCCUGCGAUGUGUCCGAUGGGGCCACACGUGGCCCCCGGUGCGGAACACGGAACUCAAGCUCGAGGCGCUGCCUCAGUGGGUCGUUUCUGCUUCCUCUGCGGCAUUGACAAGCAGGCACCAACGUGCAAGGCCGAAGCGUCCGUGCCGCCGCUGUUGCCAUCACCACAGCAGCAGCCACUGACCGCUACGGAGGGGCACACGGCCAACGCUCCCGCAAAGGAGGAAGCGUGCGCCACUCACGCUCUGCCUCCUGCGGCUACAUGUGGGAAUGCCGCUGCGGCGGCAUCGGCAACAACAACGCCACCACCACCAUCACUGCCAGCCACCGCCGGAGCUGCGUCCCCAGACCUGCACCUUGAUCAGGACCUGCGCACUGUGGAUGAGGUGCUAUCGCACCUGCUGCGCAAUGCGACAGUGAACGGUGGGAGAGUGCGGCCGCCGUGCGGGUUGCCACAGUGCCGCCUGUGUGAUCCGCCCGCAGCUGCCGCGACGGCUCCGACAGUCACCCCCUCGACGUGGAUGUACCCUCCAUGGCACUGCGGAUGGUGGGGUACGCAGCCGGUGAUGUGCGGCAGCCCAGCCGUGGCCAUCGUUCACCAUCACUACGCCAAGUAG